CUUCGUGUUCAGCCUCACUCGACCUUCCACUACACUUCUCUCUUUCUGGUCUCUUGCCCUACAGACAACGCCUUACCAUGCGACACUUCCUGUGUUCUGACGCGAGCAUCGGCACAAGAAUCUCAACUGUGCAACUCUCAGCCUCAAUCAACAAUGGACUUUGACUGGGCCCGAGCCAGAAAACGCUUGUCAGACCUAGAAGCAGAUAUAAGUGCUUGCCUACACGAUUUCGAAAAUCGUGUAUAUCCGCCAGCCGAUGAUAAGCAGGCCUUCAGCAGGGGCAGCAGCCUCGCCACCGGCGUCGACCUGGUUUACGGCAUACUCAGUAACUGCUACUUGGUAACUUUGAAAACCGGUUUAGUUUUCUUCGAGAUACAUAAGAGGAUGAACACUUACGGAUUGGUGAGGUCCACGAUACAUAUCGCACAAGACAUACUAGACGAAAGCACCAAGCUUUUGACACGCAUGGAAAGAAGAAGAAGAGUCAAAUCCUUCAUGGUCGCAGCGGGCGAUAGCGCCAUGGUUUCGAGCGCUCGCUCUGAAGAUCACAUCGCCGAUAUGGUCUCUAACAUCCGGGAUAUGGAAGAAGAGCAACACAAACUCCACAACAAAAUGCUCGAAAAAUGGAGGAGAUGGCUUGUAUUCAAAGGGCGAAUGAGCGUCAAAGAAGCAGAGCUGAUCAUACUCGACCACAAAUACCCCGAUGUUAUUGUGGAUGCGGCUUGAUGGGAUAUGGAGCAUGAUGAAGACUCUUUCUCACGCGACCUGACCCUGAUGGCGAUCUUAUGUUUCUCGCGCACUAUAACGUUCCUGAAGGAGGUCAUGAUGGGCUAAAGGUUCAGGUCUUCAAGAAGGUAUACCAGUGACAAUGUUGCGUGCCCAGAUGUUGCUGGCAAGAGUCAUAGAGUGCGCAAAUGCCACUUACGAGACCGCGUCCCGGGAGGCUCAAUGUCAUGUAUGUACAAGGGUAUAGCACCACCAGAUGGUCCUCUCAAAACAGUGCAGUCCAAGUUAGAAGGAAAACCGAAGCUGGUCCUUAAAGCACGUU